GUUGCCGACGUCACGGCCUUUUGAGUCUCUCGUAAACAGAACAUCGGACCGUCGGGAGCAAUUUCGUCGUCGCCACGGACACAAUGGCGAAGGUUGGUGCAUAGCCCAGCAGCAAGGAUGAGGAUCCGGCUCCAGGGUCCCGGCCACGCUGGCAGCCUCCUCGCCGAGCUGGACCGCUGCCGCCGGUUCGGCCGCUACUGCGACGUCUUCGUGCAAGUGGGCAAGCGCACGUUUGCGGCGCACCGCGCCGUACUGGCUUGCGCCGGCGCUUACUUUCGCAACCUGUUCAGCCGGGCUCAGUCAACGCCCACCGACGUCUUCUCGCUGGAGUUUAUUUCCCCGGCCAGCUUUGAAAAGGUGCUGAACUUCAUGUACACCGGGGAGAUCUUGACAGAUCUCAUAGAUGUCGGGGUUCUUUACGAGCUGGCCGAGAGGCUGGGCGUGAGCGAGCUGGUGAGGGCGUGUCACGCCACCUUCCCGGACCUGCGGGGAUCCGUGUCUGCAAACGCCGUGGCGGGCGGCCUCGGAGACCCCCCGGCCGGCUCCGCCGUCUGCUCCUUCGCUGCGUCCCACUUUUCGCCGUCGCUGUCGGCCGCCCCGACUCCCGCCGGCGCCCCCUCGCCUCGUGUCCAGGCCGGCGCGGUGACGGCGGACCGACGGUCUCCUGCUGGGAACGCAUCUAUGGACUUAAAGAUAGAAGAUUUCCAGUCUCGUCUAGGCUACGGGCAAAUGGUGGCGCAGAGCCCAGGUCGCUGCCUUUUAAGCGGUGAGGUGCCUGAGCUCCAGCUGAAAGCAGAGCAGACACCGGAGGAGGCGGUUCGAGGCGGGUCGACAGUUUCUGAGAUGACGAGCGACUCGGAGCCGUCCGCUUCCUGCUCCUUCCCCGAUUGUCUCGUUCGUCUCGGAGCGGCGACUUCCUCCCCUUCGGCGGAAGCGUUGACGGUUCCGCGGGCCAACGAGGAGCGGCGAGCUCUGGCGGACGACGGCGCCAUCGAACAGUCGGAGGAGGAGCGGUGGGGGCGACCGGCAGGAGAGGUCAUCGAACUGAGCGACGACGACCACUUCAUGGAGGAGGACGAAGACGACCUCGUCUGUGUGGAAAACGGCGACGGAAGCAAGUCAAGCAACCAGGUUCCGGGCGACGUGCUGGCGUGCCGAGCCUGCGCGGCUCCUCUGCUCGCCGACUCGGCCGCCCUGAGUCCGCAGGCCGAGAGCCGCGUGAGCGAGCCGGGCCGGUGCGGGCUGUGCGGCGCCCCCUUCCCGGACCACACGGCCGCCGUUUCCCACUCGCUGGCCCGCAUGGGCGUGCGGCUUUUCUCCUGCGACAUGUGCCACCUGGACUUCUGCAGCCCGAAGAAGCUGCUGCGCCACCAGCGUUACAGCGGCUCAGCGUUCGCCUUGCCGCAGCCCGGCCGAGGCUCCGAGUUGCAGUGUGCCGUGUGCACAAAAGGCCUCAGCAAAGACUUCCAGACGGUGAGAGCGCACGCCCUGAGCCACGUGUGCGCCCAAAGCCUGAGCUGCGGCGUUUGUCACGUCCCCCAGCUCUCCCUGUGCUCCCUGCUGUGGCACGCCUUCGCCCACCUCUCGCUGCCCGUCUUCACCUGCCCGCACUGCGCCCGCUGCUUCGUGGAGCGCCCCCUGCUGGACGCGCACGUGGCCGCGCACGCCGAGGAGCGAGAGGACAUCCGAGCGGUUACGGUCGGGGGGGAAAGUUUUUCGGGAAUUGAGGAGCCGGGUCGCUUCACCUCCUCCGCCUUCCUGCGCCGGCGCACCUCCGAGUCCUCGGGGGGCGGCGGAGGAGGAGGGCCCGGGGGUCUCGGCCGGUUAGACAAGCGCAAGGCCGAGCGGCCUCUGGCGCGUCGGCCCCCGUCUCCUUCGUCCCCGCGCGAGCUCGGAGGUCUCGUGGAGACGAGCGGCCCCGGGAGCGAAACGGGUCCAGACUUACCGGAGAAGUAUUUCCACGCUUUGUGUUCCGGGGCCCUGACCGACGGGAGCGCGGGACAGGACGCGGCCCGCAGGAAAUGGUACCGCUGUCGCUACUGCGGGAAGCGCUUUGCGCACUCGGGGGAGUUCACGUACCACCUGCGCAUCCACACGGGGGAGAAGCCCUACCAGUGCAAGGUGUGUCUGCGCUUCUUCCGAGGCCGCUCCACCAUCAUCUGCCACCUCAAGACGCACGCCGGCGCGCUCAUGUACCGCUGCACCCUGUGCGGCCUCUACUUCUCCACGCUGAAGAUGAUGUCGUCCCACGUGGAGCUCCACAAGGAUCGGCUGCCGCCCGACUUCAACAUCGAGCACACCUUCAUGUACAACGACCGCUCCAAAGAAGCGCCGCCUCCCGCGGACGCCUGAGCGGCUUCUCCGACGCAAACCCCCCCCGCACGCAGAACGGGGCUUAGAAAAGAUUGGGUAUAACGAGCCACGCGAUACUAAAUUGUGGCCAGCGAGUAGCAACAAAUAUGGCUCCUCAUUGGGUUUGCCUGCAAAAAAUGCUCAUUGAUGGCCACAAAAAUACUUACCUGUGGCCAUGGAUUAGGUAUAACAUGCUUUCAAAAUACUGUUUUUGUGGCUACAGUACAUAGAAGGGGUGUAAAAUGCAAACCUUUGGCCACAAAUGAAAGAAUCCGCUUUAACACGCCCUCGAAAUACUAGUUUGCUGCCACAAUAUUGAUAUAGGCUACACAAAAUGCUCAUUUAUGGCCACAAGUUAGAUUUAUAUCUUGUGCUUGAAGUACUAUUUUGGGGCCACCAUAGAGAUAUAAUGCGCGCAUAAUAUGUGGCUACUAAUUAUGUAUAAUGUGUGCUCAAAAUGAUCAUUAAUGCUUUCAAAAAUACUUCUGUGUGGCCAAGAAUUAGGUGUAACGUGCUCAAAAACCUUUUUUGUGGCUGCGAAAUGUUAAUUUGUACAGUGGGUACGGAAAGUAUUCAGACCCCCUUCAAUCUUUCACUCUUUGUCAUUGCAGCCAUGUGCUAAAAUCAUUUCAUCAUUCAUCAAUGAUUUUUUUCCUCAAUGUACACACAGGACUCCAUAUUGACAGAAAAAACCAAUGAUUUUGCUCUUUGCUCAGUAUUUAGUCGAAGCCCCCUUUUGAGCUAAUACAGCCAUGAUGUCACGAGUUUGUCACACCUGGAUUUGGGGAUCCUCUGUCAUUCCUCCUUGCAGAUCCUCUCCAGUUCUGGCAGGUUGGAUGGUGAACGUUGGUGGGCAGCCAUUUUCAGGUCUCUCCAGAGAUGCUCAAUCGGGUUUAAGUCAGGGCUCUGUUCUGAAGCCACUCCCUCGGUAUUUUAGCUGUGUGCCUCGGCUCAUUGUUGGAAGGUGAACCUUCGGCCCAGUUUGAGGUUGUGAGCACUGUGGAGAAGGUUUUCGUCCAGGAUAUCCCCGUACGUGGCCGCAUUCAUCUUUCCUUCAAUUGAAACCGGCCGUCCUGUCCCUGCAGCUGAAAAAUAUGGGGUGCUGUGUGCACAUUGAGGAAAAACAUGAAUUUGAAUGAUUUGAGCAAAUGACUGCAAUGUAACAAAGAGUGAAAACUUUGAGGGGGUCUGAAAACUUUCUGUACCCACUGUACAAGGUGUAACGUGUGCUCGACAUACUAAUUUGUGACCAAGAAAUCCACUACUCAGAAAAAGUUUGAGAUAUUGGGCGUUUGGGUGAAAUUUCAAGAUGAUCUUUUCUAAACUUCUGAAAGUACAUGUCCAACUGUUGAAUGUUUCAAUACUUUUUGUACAAGAGCAGCUGAACGGCAAAAUUGUUAUGGCGUAUGAAUGGGACGAAUACAUUUCCCGGGUGGUCUUAAUCACGCUGUUGACAUUUGGACGGACAUCUCCAGAUGGAACAAUUGAUCGACGCAAUGUCAACAUUGCCGGGCUUCAAUGGAUGCUUUCACGCUGUCAUCGGCAGGUUGCAGCAGAGACUGGAAGGGUCACGCAUAAAAGUGGAUCUCCUCGGGAAUAUUCAAGGACUGAAAACAUGUCAUCUGUUUUGCUCUUGACAGCCUCCACAAAUGAUUUUGCGCACGUGACUCAGCAGUCGGGUUUGAUGAAUGAACGUAGGCAAUCAUUCAUCAUUCCCGACUCCCAAAUUUCGUGGACAUUUUAGGGAACUAUGUAGGAGGUCCACAAGUUCAACUGGCCAAUCCGUCCAGAUUUAGCAUUUAGACAAGACUUUAAUCUUAGGCAAAUCUUGUCACGUUACUAAUGUUAUACACCUAUGGCCACAAAAUAGGCAUAACGUGCGUACGAAAUAGCAAAUAUUUGUGGGGUUGAUGUCAUUCCUGCAAACAAGUUGGACAUGUGGGCAAGCAAAUGGAGCGCACCUUCAUCACAAACGUUGAGCGUGCUCCUCAGCAACCUGCCUCAAGAUGAAAACGCUUCCUUUGCAAUGGCCGCCUGUUCACAAUGUCUUUGUAGCUCCUCGUCUAAUCGGAAAUAAAUUGAAUCUCGCCAUCCCUGUCCAUUACGUAGCUUUAGCCACGCGCACUCCAUUUGCUUACCAAACUGUGCAGGAUGGAGCCGCAAUACUUGGUGGCCACAAUUUAGUGUUAAGUGAGACCCUUAUAUUUUAUAUAUAUAUAUAUAUAUAUAUAUGCGCAAUAUUUUUUGGGUAUAAUCGCGCUCAUGCUCAAAGUAAAGAGGUCAGUUAACAAAUAUAUUGUGGUGACGAAAUACUAAUUUGUGGCCACCUAGUUCAAAUUGUUGUCACAUGUUAAUUUGUGGUCACGAUUUAUAUUUUUUAUAUUGUGUGUGGGGGGAAGAAAAUACUGAUUUAUGGGUUGAAUAACUUCGAGGACUGGGUAAGGAAAUGGAGCGCACCUUCUGGAGAAACCGCAAUACGAGAGCUCCUCUACUUUGUCGCUCUAGAGGAAUGAUAUUGUUUUUCAUUUAUAUGUUUUGUGUGUGUGUUAUACCUAGUACAUGGCCACAAAUUUGCAUGUUUUGUUUACAUUUUGCGCACAUUAUAUAUUUUCCUCCCCCACCACAAUUCGUCAAAUGGAAAAGACAAAACUGUCAAAGCAGAAUGCCGCCCGAUGCAUAUCAUAUAGGGGCGGCUGUGGUGAGCUCAGUAGGGUUAGUUAAAGCGGGUCACUGGUUCAAAUCCCGACUCCGCAUGUCAAAGUGUACUUGGGAAAGACACUGUACAGUGGGUACGGAAAGUUUUCAGACCCCCUUAAAAUUUUCAGUCUUUGUUAUAUUGCAGCCAUUUGUUAAAAUCAUUUAAGUUCAUUUUUUGUCCUCAUUAAUGUACACACAGCACCCCAUAUUGAGAGAACAAAAAACGGAAUUGUUGACAUUUUUGCUGAUUUAUUCAAAAAGAAAAACUGAAAUAUCACACAGCCGUAAGUAUUCAGAACCUUUGCUAUGACACUCGUAUAGUUACGAACUCGGGUGCUGUCCAUUUCUUCUGAUCAUCCUUGAGCUGGUUCUACACCAGAGGUGGGCAAACCUUUUGGCUCAGGGGCAACAUUGACUUUAAAAAUGUGUCAGGCAGGCCAAGCCAGGACCAGAUGCUUACAUAAAAAAAUAAAAUAAAAAAAAAGGCAUUGUCGUGUUAAUACUUAAGAUUUACUUUUAAUGGGAACAGGGUUGUUUUGUUGAUCACCUUUUUUUUGCCAGUGCAUCAAAGUCUGGUAUUAGUUUUAUUGUGGCAAUUCUCAGAACGCAUUUGAGGUUUCAUCACUCAGCUGGGGUCUGUAGGAUGUUUUGUUGGUGUUCCUCACACUAAAAGUCUGUUGACGCACACAUGUAGCGCCAAACACCACCGGGAUCCUCUGUGCCAUCUUCCGGAUUUUUGGAAAUGGGUCUGCGCUUCACGAAGCUUAAAACUCAUCCGGUUUGAGGGUUGAACUUCUCUUUGAAGACAGUGUCACAUUGGAGAUCAAUCAGUUCCAUCUGCAGCUCCCGUGGUGCUGUUUCAGGGUCUUGCGUGACUGAAUCUGGGAUGGCAGUUUGUCAGAUAAAGCUGUUUUGCUGAGCCGGCAAGCUCGAUUUCAACCGCUGAACCAUCAGUUCCUGCGUUGAUUGGCUGUUAGCAUAAUCAGCACGCUUGGGAGAAAGGUGACGGCUGAUGUUAUAUUCCUCUAAAAAAAAUUCUUAACAAAUUAGACAUACAGCCUUUGACCAGACUUCAGUUCAAAAUUAUUUAGUAGUCUAUUCUAUAUUAAACACUCGGUACUCACUGUCGACUUUUCUUUUCUUUGGCUCACACGUGGUUGAAGAAGGGUUCAGAGCAGUAGCAGAGUAAAAACAGAUCAGCCAAAGUCAAGUCAAUGUAUCACUGUACCUACUGCGCCACCUGGUGGAACCACUGGGCAUUUCAGGACAACCUGGUGGAACCACUUAGCAUUACACGACAAUGUCAAAUGAAUGCAGUCAUGAUUUUGAUAUGAUUUGGGCGAUUCUGUACCAAUCUUUGGUGGGCCAGAUUGAAAUGAUCAACGGGCCGGCUUUGGCCCGGGGCCAGGAGUUUGCCCACCCCUGUUCUACACCUUCAUUGGAGUCCAGCUGUGUUUGAUUAUACUGAUUGGAUUUGAGUAGGAAAGCCACACACCUGUCUAUAUAAGACCUUACAGCUCACAGUGCAUAUCAGAGCAAAAGAGAAUCAUGAGGUCAAAGGAACUGCCCGAAGAGCUCAGAGACAGAAUUGUGGCAAGGCACCGAUCUGGCCAAGGUUACAAAACGAUUUCUGUUGCACUUAAGGUUCCUAAGAGCAGAGUGGCCUCCAUAAUCCUUAAAUGGAAGACAUUUGGGAAUACCAGAAACCUUCCUAGAGGUGGCCGUCCGGCCAAACAGAGCAAUCGGGGUAGAAGAGCCUUAGGUGAGAGAGGUCAAGAAGAACCCAAAGAUCACUGUGGCUGAGCUCCGGAGAUGCAGUCGGGAGACGGGAGAAAGUUCUAGAAAGUCAUCCUUCACUGCAGCCCUCCACCAGUCGGGGCUUUAUGGCAGAGUGGCCCGACGGAAGCCUCUCCUCAGUGCAAGACACAUGAAAGCCCUCAUGGAGUUUGCUAGAAAACACCUGAAGGACUCCCAGAUGGUGAGAAAUAAGAUUCUCUGGUGUGAUGAGACCAAGGUAGAACUUUCUGGCCUUAAUUCUAAGUGCCGUGUGUGGAGAAACCCAGGCACUGCUCAUCACCUGUCCAAUGCAGUCCGAACAGUGAAGUGUGGUGGCGGCAGCAUCAUGCUGUGGAGGUGUUUUUCAGCUGCGGGGACAGGACGACCGGUUGCAAUGGAAGGAAAGACGAAUGCGGCCAAGUACAGGGAUCUCCUGGACCAAAAGUGCUCGGAGCAUCAGACUGGGCCGAAGGUUCAAGCACACAGCUAAAAUACCGAAGGAGUGGCUUCAGAACAACUCCGUGACUGUUCUCGAAUGGCCCAGCCAGAGCCCUGACUUAAACCCAAUUGAGCAUCUCUGGAAAUGGCUGCCCACCAACGUUCACCAUCCAACCUGACAGAACUGGAGAGGAAUUGCAAGGAGGAAUGGCAAAGAUCCCCAAAUCCAGGUGUGAAAAACGUGUUGCAUCAUUCCCAAAAAGACUCAUGGCUGUGUUAGCUCAAAAGGGGGCUUCGACUAAAUACUCAGCAAAGGGUCGGAAUACUUACGGCUGUGUGAUAUUUCAGUUUUUCUUUCUUCAUAAAUCUGUCAAAAUGUCAACAAUCCCAUUUUUUUUCUGUCAAAUGAAUGGAAAAAAUGAACUUCAAUUAUUUUAGCAAAUGGCUGCAAUAUAGAAAAAAAAAAAGAGUGAACAAUUGAAGGGGGUCUGAAUACUUUCUGUACCCACAAUAUGAAUGUGUGUGAGAGGGUGAAUGCGUGGCUUUGUGAAGCGGUUCGGGCACUGUGAUGGUGUUGAUAAAGCCCUAUAGAAUUUACAGUUGACCGUCUACGCACCAGUCAGGAUAAACGUCCCCAGAUUAUGAAGGCAUGCGUCCCAAAGGAGGCUUGCAAAACGGGGGGGAAUGAGAACGUUUUCACAGGAAUUGUGGGGAAUUCAUGGAAAGGUAUCACAUUCAAGCACAUCUACACAGAUUUAGUUUUGUCAUAAGCAGACAAUUCAAAAUGGAGGGCUCUCCAUAUCCACAUGCGAGGCCAUUAAAAGUGCCUAUUUUUUGAAUUUGAUUUUUUUUUAAGUUGGGCCACUCCAAAGUCGAGGUAUUACGAGCACGGAAUGUUCUUGUUUUCGUCAGGAUUUCGUUAUUUACAUUUGCUUCUACAAGCCAGCCUUCAGUGUUGUAUAUUGCUGCUUUAGUUCGGUGUUGAACUUUUGUCCAACGAGUUCCCGGAAUUUUGCAACCCUCCUCCGAAGAAUGAAAAACGCUCUCUGAAUGUGUCAUGUUGGCUUUGUAAUUAGUCUUACCUCAUAUUUAUGAUACUGUGACUUUGUACGCCUUUAUACAUUGUCUUUUCUCUUUGUAAAUUCCUUUUUAUUGACAAGAAUACAACAGAUGCACCAAGGACGUUGCGUCGACCACUCACCGUUGUACGGUCAACUCUUCCUCUCUCUAUCGGUUCAACUGUCAAGUGUGACAAAUUCCACAUGGAAGUGACAUAAAAAAAUAACCUGCAAAAUCCUUGGUAGAAGAACACUUAUUUUUUGGAGGCCUAAAAAGUGAAGAAAACCGCUCUGGUUUCCCAGCGUGUGUGGAGUUUUUAUUUAGUUUUUUUAAGCUCAAGUCGAGAAGCGGCAAAGUCACCCAAAUUUACGGAUUACAUAAGAAUAAAAAACGUUACAGGAUGGACAGGAGAGCUGGAGCGUCCGUGUACUUUGCGGCCAUUGAUUUUUCCUUCUGAUGAAGGAAAAGAAAAAAAUGGGAAACGACUAUUUUCAUUUCUUGUUUUGAUGUACGUAAACAAAACACGGCAAUGGUAGUCAUCACCCGUUUCUUGUUUGGAAAUUGAAACGCGAAAAGGAGCCUUUCAAUUCUAUUCUAUUGUUUGUUAGAUGUGGCGGAGUCAUGCCAGCCAAUCGCACGCAUGUCACACUUACGGCAAAUGUUGUGUUCAAUUAACCAUAGCGUCAGUGUUGGGAAGAUGACUUUGGAAAGUUAUCGUUUUGAAAUUGUCAUAAGAGUAGAAGUGUAACGAUUUCAAACACUUUCUCAAAGUAAUUUAAGUACAUUUUGAUUACUUUUCUUAAUUUUAAAUGAAGGCAUCAACAGGACCCUUGGAUAAAUGGUCGAAAAGCCCAUGUUAUUUGAUGUGUUAAAAAGUGCGACUAUGAGUCUAACCUUUACAAAAUCUGAGACAAAAUAAUAGAUGGCGUUUCGACGUCAUACUUGGAAAAGUGUGUCGCGUUUGAGAUAAUGGCACAUGAUUAGAGAGAGCCAAUCAGAGGCGUCUGCUUCAGACGGAGGAAGUGAUAUAGAAAACAUCAAAACAUAACAUGACCAUUAUAGU